AUGCCUCCUUCUGCUCCUUCAGCAUUGCUCUCAGCUCUCACUGCUUCCAAAUUUCCUGGACUGCUGAUAGCUGUCGUGAUUGUGGCACUCGCUCUGCGGCGCCGAUGGGAGCCUAAACGCGUCGCUGUGUUGCCUAAGCAUCAGGAGAGGGUGGUAAUCCUCGGUGCCACGGGCGGGAUAGGGAGGGCGGUCGCACAAGGGUAUGCUAAGCGAGGGGCUAAAGUGUGCAUAGUCGGCAGGAGGGAAGAGCUUCUUGCAGAGACCAAGGCCGAAUGCUGGUCCCUGCGCGAUCCAGGUGUCGACAAAGCGGACAUCCUGCCGGUCUCACUUGUCGCGCCUAACGACCCUAUAGUUGCCGUGCAGGCAGAUUUUACUGUCCCUGAAGAUAUUGUACACGUUCGAGGAGUCAUCCAAGCCGUCUGGGAUGGCGUCGACACGGUAGUCGUAUGCGCCGGCGUAUCCUCCCUCCGUCCUCUACUCGAAAUAGCAGACGUACGCCGCCCGGGCGAAGACCUCACCCUUGACGGCAUCCAGCGAAUCCAAGAAGUUUCCAACGCAGCAAUGAGAGGCAACUUUAGCGGCCCACUACUGUCAGCAAUAACCUUGAUACCGCUACUCGAAUCUUCGUCGCGCAGUCCGUCUGUGGCGCUAAUAUCAAGUGCGGCCGCAAUCAUCCCCGCCCCCACGCGUUCACUGUACUGUGCCAGCAAGGCAGCGUCGCUUAUCCUCUAUCAGUCGCUUGCUAUCGAGCACCCGAGGGUGAACUUUACACACGUCAUCCCUGCGACCGUCGAGGGAGACUUCCGUGCGUCAGCUGUUGAUGCAGGUCCUGUCCGAGAGGCAUCUCCCAACCAACACGGUUUGAAGCGUGACUACGUCGCGCAGCAGCUUAUUCAUGCCGUAGACCAUGGUGAGAAGGAGGUCCUCUUGCCGUGGUGGUACGUGCGAUCAGGACACCUCCUAUACUGGACUUUCCCAUCCAUCAUUGAAUACCUCGGCCGGAAGAAAUACAAGUUCGCCGCUGCGACAUAG